AUGGUGAUGAUGCUGGUGAUAGUGAUGACAAUGAUGCUGGUGGAGGCAGGUAGCCCCCACAGCCCCAACAGCACCACCAACCCCAACAGCACCACCAACCUCAACAGCCCUAACAGCACCACCAGCCCUAAGAGCACCACCAGGCUCAACAGCACCACCAGCCCCCACAGCCCUAAUAGCACCACCAGCCUCAACAGCCCCGACAGCACCACCAGCCCCAACAGCACCACCAGCCCCAACAGCACCACCAACCCCAACAGCACCACCAGCCCUAACAGCACCAACAGCCCCAACAGCACCACCAGCCUCAGCAGCACCACCAACCCCAACAGCACCACCAGCCUCAACAGCCCCAACAGCACCACCAGCCCCAACAGCACCACCAGCCUCAACAGCCUCAACAGCACCACCAGCCCCAACAGCACCACCAGCCCCAACAGCACCACCAGCCCCAACAGCACCACCAGCCCCAACAGCACCACCAGCCCCCACAAGCACCAGCCCCAACAGCACCACCAGCCCCCACAAGCACCAGCCCCCCAAGCAUCUAUAAUAGAGGCUUUCAUUUGGAGGUAA